AGCACUAUAGAAGUAUUUUUUCCUGUUUAAUAUAACAGCUUUCAUCUCUUUUUUCCAUCUCAUUCAUAUUUUCAUUGUUGAUCUCGCUUAUAGCUCACGAGUGUAGAUCCUCUAAACACACAACCCUAUUGAAUAUCUCCACCAGAGCAUCAGCCAACAAAGAGCUCUCGAUCCAUCCCUAACCUCGGCCCUAAGACCCUCACCCGGCGCUAGCUCUACCGUGGAAUUAGCGAAGACCGCCGUGUCCAGAACAUUUUAUUUUCUUUCCUUUGAUUUUCUCCCUCGCUGAGUAGAUUUCAAAUAUGAACACACUAAAUACUGCACAAGCCUCCGCCAUUGAGCUUGCUAUCCAGGCCUGUACGGAGAGGAGUGCUAUACCCGGGUACACGAUCGAAUUCCCAGACCCGAACGACCAAGAUGUGAUUGAGCAGAUUGUUGAGUUGAUGACGGUCGACUAUUUCGACCGUGAACCGUUGUCGAAGGCUUGCAAGGCGAAUGAUCCGCUGCUCACACCGGAGGCUAUCCGGCGAUAUUGCUACGACUGCACGAUGAGAAUAGCGGAGAUCGGGACUAUUCUUGUUGCGAAAACCGGGGACGGAAAGUUGGUUGGGUUUCUCAACACCGCUGUCGCUGAUAAGCCUUAUACACCCGGCGUCUGGCCGGGUGGGCUGAGUCCUUUGAUUGAGCUCACGACUCGGGUGAGGGCUAUGGCGCCUAAGGGCCAGGGGAAGGUUCUGUGUCUUGCCCGGGCUGGGGUGAGGAGAGAUUUCGCGGGUCAUAAUGUCUUGAGGGAUCUGAUUUAUGUCGCUGUGUUGAAGGGAUAUCUGGAGGGCUAUGAAAAAGCCAUGGGUGUUUCAAUGAGCAAGCCGUCGCAGCGUGUGUUGGAAUCAUCUGGCCUAACAGCGGUGGCCGAGCUUGCAUAUAAAGACUACGAGUAUCGCGGCACCGAGCCCUUUGCUCAGGUCAACACUCCACCCUCAGUCAAGCUGGUGUGGGGUGAUAUGAAGAAGUGCUUGAAAUUUCAGCAAGACUCGCUUUUGGGAAGGGAGGCCCGGGGGCAGGCAAGGUUGUGAGAAAAGAAGGAAGAUAAAAGUGUUUAAUAGCGAUUUGAGCCCAUCCAUCCUUUUUAGAUGGGAAGAAGAUAUGACUUAUAGAUUUGCAUAGACUUGGUUCCGGCAACGAAUUUCAUUUAUAUCGUCCGAUAUCACUUUUUCGCUCGUAAGUCUGGCGGACCGCUUUCAGAAUUCAAAUAGCUCCGUAAAACGAGUAUUGUGACGCUGUGGACCGCAUGACAGUCACCUGCUUUUUUCAAUAUCUUCCCUAGCGAUCUGUGUCCUAGUAUGUGUUGAGCAGUUCCGACUCUGGGUAUCUCAUUAUAGGUGUCAAUUAUCAAGCAAAUCAAGCAAACUUAUCAUGCUUCCCCUUAACCCUCACAUCCAAAACCUCCUCAUGGAAAUUCCCUUCCC